AUGUGCAGUGGAUUUGAAGUGGUUCACAACGCCAUGCGUCGCCCAAAGCAGAACAACGGUAACCUGUCGGCCCUGAUAUUGAUUGGCCUGAUCAUCGGCCAGAUUACGGUUAAAGACACACAUGGCCUGUUGUUGUUUCCUGCAUCGACGUCGCUGCAAUUGACCUCAUCCAUAUCGAUACCACUCGAUCUGCCAACGCGAACAAAGGUCUUCAUGGACAUGGGAUUCCAGAUGAACUACAAUUUGCCCAAUCUGCUUUCAUCCUUCUACAACUCCACCAUUUGGGCGGAUGAGCUGUCACGUCGUUCCAAGCGACAACUGAACAGCCAGAUGGACAGUGCCCUGCAUCCCAGUGACAUCACCGCGGGAGAGCUCUACGUGGGCUUGGAGCAUAUGCUAGAGAACUACGGUUACCACAGGUCCUGUCUUCUGCGCAGUGUCUGCGAACUGUCGCUGCAUCCCUUCGCCGAGGAUCACAUAUACGGUCUGGUCACGCAAGUCAUCACCUUCCUGCUAACGCCCUCGCAGCAUGAAGGCUUUGGGGUUGGCGAACAGCUCUAUCGCGAUAGCUAUGAACGAGCCGAGCAGAUUGGCUUCCUUGGUGGCGACUGCCAAAGUGCCUAUCCCAGCUGUGAGAUGGAUAUUGUCAAUCUAGUCACCAGGAUAGUCAGAUGA